CUCCGAGAUCUCCACUCUCGCCAGCGCCAGUCCUCUCAUGCCUCUCAGAAUACCGGACGCCGAGCACCUCGAAUUUCGCGGCACGGCAGCGCGGCACACGUCAGCCGUGCCGCCACGCGCACCUGACGGCGCACGGCUACCUCCGAGACGAGACGGCACGCGCGAGCCGGCCGUCACUCAAGGUCAGCUGAUCAGCUGACCAAGGCCGAUUGUUGGCGAUUGCACCACACGCUGAUCUAGGCAUACAACAGCCAGAGACAGACCGACAGGCACAAGCUGGGGCGCUGCGAGCCCCGAUGCGCUGCGAAGUUUACGCAUGUGAAUCCGCCAGAGCCAGGACUGUGUAGGGCGAGGAACGCG